CCAUCCGUGGACUAUGAAGACCCUUGACAUGGCCAUCUGCCUGGGGUCUGCACGUAAACACAAUCGGUUGGUUGAUUGCGCAAACUCAAUCGAAUCUACGAAAGACACCGACGGAAUUGCGUUCUACAUGUUCCCGAGCUGAUGCGCGCAUUUCACUGGGAAUUCGAGUAUGCGAUCGUGAGGGAUAGUUCACUCCCUGUCACUCGCAUUUGGGCCAAAUUGCUUCGCGAUAUUCGAUGCCUCGACCAUCGCCAACGUCUCGCAACACAUAUUUACGACUUCACGAUGCUCAGCACGCAUCCUCACCCUGCCUAUCCAGGCCAACAUUCCUCUUUUUGCGCUGUAUAUCCAGCGGUUAGCAUGCGGGAUUUCCUUUCUCUGUCUGAGCGCCAUCUUCAUUUUGAGCGCGGCGUUUUUUGGGAACAUUGGCAUGUAUUAUGGCCCACGCAAGCUGACGUGCGAUUACCAUCAGGGAAACCUGUACUCGUCCGACACGUCUGUUUGCCUCUCGCCUGUAUGACGAGAUAUGUACGCAAUUGUAGUAACGACUUUAACCUGAUCAACGUCCCACCCACAGCCUUUUUGCCUGUUCCGUGAAAUCGCUUGGCCGGAUGUCCAUCUCCCAGCAUAACUCGGUCGAGAGACUCGAACGGGUUAUAUGAUUUCUGGAGGUUUCACAUCAGUACACCGGGAUUAAUCGGCAUUGCGCCCGUUCAGCAUUGUUCAAGUGCAAGCAAGUCGCUCGCAGGCUCUGGAGCGCGGGCUUUCCGUGAAUGUGAAGUAUCCGAGGCUACAUCACAGCCGCGA